CUACGGCGGCUGCUAAGUGCUAACAUGGCGCGCGGCUAACUCAAAGUCGUUGUUUGUGGUGUUUUUAGUUUCAUGUUGUAUGGCUUAAGCAAAAUAUCGUGUUUAAAACCAAAUACGGGAAGUUGUGUCGGAAGGUGUUGCGCUUCCCUCUUGUUUUCUUCAUUAUAAGGAGAGCACACACGCCAUCACAAUGGGGCGACGUUCAACCUCCUCCACCAAGAGUGGGAAAUUCAUGAACCCAACAGAUCAGGCCAGAAAAGAAGCCAGAAAAAGAGAGUUAAAAAAGAAUAAAAAGCAGAGAAUGAUGGUGAGAGCAGCCGUGCUUAAGAUGAAGGACCCCAGACAGAUAAUCAGAGACAUGGAGAAAUUAGAUGAGAUGGAGUUCAAUCCAGUCCAACAGCCCUUGCUGAAUGAAAAAGUGCUGAGAGACAAGCGAAAGAAGCUGCGAGAGACAUUUGAACGAAUUGUCCGACUGUAUGAGCGAGAGAAUCCUGAAACCUACAAGGAUCUGCGCAAACUAGAACUGGAAUACGAGAGUAAAAGGGGUCAGCUGGCUCUCUAUUUUGAUUCGGUCAAGAAUGCAGAGUCUGUGGAGGUAGACAGUAUUCCCUUACCAGAUAUGCCACAUGCACCAUCCAAUAUUCACAUCCAGGACAUUCCUCUACCAGGGGCUCAGCCUCCUUCCAUACUGAAGAAGGGUCCAUUUUUUGGUAGAGCGCCUCCAUUUUUGUCAAUGUUGCCACCUGUGCCACGUUUACCCCCUGGGAAGAAACCUCCCGGGCCUCCCCCUGGGCCCCCACCACCACAAAUCCUGGCAAUGUAUGGUAUUCCUUCACGACGGCCUUACGGCAGUGACUUUGAACCUUCCAUUCCCGGUUUAGAGAAGACAUCAACAGACUUGGGAAGGGAUCAGGACAGCGGCAGUGGGAGCGACAGGGAUGAUGGAGACGAUGACGACAGCGACACAGAUGACAGUGAUGACGAGCGGGAUGAAGAUGGUGAAUCAAGAAAGGGAUCUGAUCGACACGAUAAAAGAGAUGAGGAAAGAGGUCGCAGUGUCCGUUUUGCAGACAUGCCCUCAGAUGCAUCCCACGAAGGAUCAAAGAAGAAAAAGAAGUCUGGAAAGAAGAACAAGGCCAUUACUCCUCUGCAGGCAAUGAUGUUAAAGAUGGCAGGUCAAUCUAUUCCUGAAGAGGAUGAAGAAGAUGAAGUCGAGGAAGAGUACAGUGAUGAAUCAGAUAGUUCGGACGCUGAAGACAAGGCGCCGUCAGGGGAACCUAGCCAAGCUAUUGCCGGUCAGCGUAUCCCCCCUCCAAGUGGCACAGCGGGCCAACCUCCACCUUUGCAGGGACCACCAAUGAGUGGGCCUCCACCUAUGGGUCCCCCACCAGCUCCACCGUUGAGGCCUCCUGGUCCACCUUCUGGUCCACCUCCUGGCCCUCCACCAGGUGCGCCUCCGUUCUUAAGGCCACUGGGUAUUCCUGGCAUGAGGUCUCCAAUACCUCGUCUUCUACCCCCUGGACCUCCUCCCGGACGCCCACCUGGUCCACCACCUGGGCCCCCUCCCGGUCUCCCUCCAGGCCCCCCACCACGUGGACCCCCUCCAAGGUUACCACCUCCAGCACCACCUGGUAUCCCACCCCCUCCCCCAAGAGCAGGAGGCCCUCCUCGUCCCCUGGCGCCGCCUCUUGCCCUCUUUCCUCCACCUCUCAGCGCCAAUGUUCUUAGUGCUCCUCCCAGCCUCGUACAGCGACAAAAAGGCCCGGGAUCCGGCCCGGAUGGCUCGUCAAUGUCCAUGCGCUCCAGCGUCAUGCAACUGCCCCCUCCUCCCGGUACUGCUGCGGCCUCUGCUGUCAGCCACCUCCACGCAGCCACAAUUGAAAAACGGGCCAACCUCACCUCUGUGGCUGGUGCUGGCGGCCUGGCAGCAGGCGCUGGCUCCGGGGCCACCAUCUCUGCCAAACCACAAAUUAUCAAUCCCAAAGCUGAGGUCACACGGUUUGUGCCCACUGCACUGAGAGUGCGAAGGGACAAGAUUGGUCCGGCACCUGGACCAGCGAUUGGUCCGCUUGAAAAAUCUGCUGUCGGGGCAAGGAGGGGAGAUGACGGUAUGGGAGGUGUCCAUGCUCACAACAAACAACACGCCUCUGCUUCUUCCAUUGGCAUGUCUCACCCAGCUCAGAUUGGUGCUGUGGCUCAACCCAGCAUGAAGACCAAGGAUCAGGUGUAUGAAGCAUUCAUGAGAGAGAUGGAGGGACUCCUUUGAAACACAACACGGUCCUGAACUGAAAUAAUGUUUUUUGUUUUUUUGUCUAUUUCAAAGUGCAGGUUUUUUGGUCUGGUAAGAGGUAGUGUUCUUCAAGGCUGUCAUUGAGCUGUUGGUCUUUUUGGGAACCCAAUACAUUCUAAGAAAUGUCAUUCUGGAAAAUUAAGUUUAAACAAAAUUAUAUAGAAAAUUUAAACAUCUACAAUUGUAUGAGACAUAAAUACAACAGAUACACAUACUUAUGUGUGUGGUUCCUGUACCUCCACCCAAACCAAGGUAGUUUAUUUGUCCAUUUCUGCAUUUUUUGCCCUUGAAUGACACAGGAAGUCACUUUUUGUGUUUUAUUACAUUAAACUACCAAAUAUUG